AUCACAACAAACCCAAUCAUGUAUUACUACUACACACUUAUUCUGCUCUUCGCCACCGCGUCUUGCGGCCCAGUCAAACGCGGCGUAGCCUUCGAGGGCUACCCCCAGGACUUCGCCUUCAACAACUACGCCUUCGCCAAGCCCCACGUCCCGUCGCCGGCGGAGAUCGCCGCGGCCAUCCAGGCCGCCAAGGAGGCCUCCGCCAGCGUGAUGGCCGCCCAACACCGCGUCCAGGAGGCCAAAGACGAAGUCCUGAACCAGCAGCACAUCGCCAGCCACAAGCAAGCCCAAGCCGCGCUUGCCCUGCAGAAGACGGAAGCCGCAGCCGCAGUCCAACAGCAGGAGGCCAAAUCGGCCGCCAAUGCGCUCAUCCAGGCCCAACAGCGGCUGGCGCACGCCAAGGCCGAGGUGGCCGAGUUGCAGAAGAUCGCCGCGGCGAAGGAGGCGCACGCCGCUGUUGUUAUCCAGAAGAGUGCGGCUGCCGCGGCCGCGGAAGUCCAACGGAGUGAUGACACUGCGAGGAAACUGGCAGCGUUGCAACACUCCAAUUCGGUGACCCUCAAGCAGGCCAAUGCUGGGAAAGAUGGGUCUUUGUCGGCCACCAGUGCUGCGGUUGCUGCAGCCAAUGAUCGCAAUGGCGCCCAACAUGUGGCCUGGGUUGCAGCCCCAAAGUAUGUCCAGCUCAACCCCUGGGGUUGAUUCUAACGCUCAUUAUGUUUCUGUAUGUAUUGUGAAUACAAUAAAGGUUGAACUUUGA